UUGGACAGGAUCGUUUAUGUGGAGUGUGAUAUUAAACACAUUUCAAAACCAAUAACAAUUAAAAGUUACUUUUAUGAACAACAGAAUUCAUGAUAAUUUUGUAAGAAAUAAUCAUGCAAUAUGGAAAAUUGUAAAGUUAAUCUAAUUGGAAAUUCAACGGAUGUUGAACUGAUCACUUCUCUCGAAGAUUAUAAAGAACCGGUGCGUAGAGUGCGUCCAGAUGCAUGUAGAAAGUCUGUACAAGCAAGAAGAUGUGUUCAACAUUUGAAAAGAUUGAAAACGCGUUCAAGUAAACUUCAGUACAAUUCAACUAUUCAAGAUAACCAAUAUCAACUAUCAUACGAACUGUUUAAUUCAAUGCAAGAUCUAGGUUCAAUCUCGUUAACUUUAAAUGAUAAUAACAAUAAUAAUAAUAAUAAUGCUAGUAACUGUUCACAACUUCCUCAACGAAAAAACAUUCUUUCAUAUAGAGAUUAUUUAGCCUUACCAAUUGAAAUACGUUAUCCAUACAAUUACGUCAGUGAUUUAUUUGAAGAUGCUCAUCCUGAAAAUGCUGACAGCAAUCGGAAUAAUAAUAAUUAUGAAGAGUAAAUAAUAUAGUUAUGUUAACAUCUGAAAAGGGGAUAAACCAACUUUACUACAUACAGAUAAUAUAUUAACCAAUUGAUUUCAUUUUUUAUCAUUUCAAUAGUGAUGUGUUUAUUUAUAUAAAUAAAAAAUUACAUUUCACA